UGUAUCCCCUGUUAUGGACGCCGCUUCGAAGAAUGGAGAUUACGAGUGGAUUGAGGAAGAAUACGUUCCUCCGCCUUCGCAGCCGACUUCAGGACCCAGGCGUUACGGCGAAGGAGGCAACCUCGGCGCAGCGUCUGGUAGGGGCCGUGGCCGGUGUAACUAUGAACGACCCAAUGCGCCUCGCCCGGAUUCUGAAGUGAUCACGGUGCCAGUCAAGGAUGUUGCCAGGAUCAUCGGCAGAGGUGGUUCCCGGAUCCGCGAGCUUCAGGAUUCAAGUGGUGCGCACAUCUGGAUCAAGAAAGACGACGGAGAUUACUUUGAAACCAAGAUCGAACUCUCGGGCUCUGAAGAGGCGCGUCGCAAAGCUCGCGAGCUCAUCGACGCGAUUGUCCAUCCGCCGGAAGAGCCAGCAUGCACCAGCAAAAGCGAAGAACCGCCGCCUUUGCUUGACUGGGCCAAGCUGCUUGCCAAGAGCGACGAAGAGACGAAGAAGCGCUGGGCCUCCCUCGCACCGAUAAUUAAAAAUUUUUACGUUGAAGAUCGUCAGGUUGCGUCCAUGUCUGCAGAGGACGCAGCGUCCUUCAGGGCAGCCAACAAUAAUAUAGUUGUCAAGUACUUGGGCCCAGAACAUGAGCCGCCACCAGACGUAGCAACUAACCCUGUGGAGACUUUCGAGCAGGCGUUUUCAAACUAUCCAGAAAUCUUGGACGAGAUCUACAAAAACAAGUUCACGAAGCCGUCUCCAAUACAGAGCCAGGCCUGGCCAAUCCUUCUGCAAGGUCAAGACCUCAUUGGAAUCGCACAGACAGGUACAGGGAAGACUCUGGCAUUCCUGCUACCAGCUUUGAUUCACAUCGACAGCCAGCCUGUUCCGAGAGAGGAGAGGAAAGGUCCUUCGUGCCUGAUUCUCGCUCCGACGCGCGAGCUUGCUCAGCAGAUUGAGCGGGAAGCAAAGAAAUACCACUACCGAGGGAUAAAGUGUGUAUGCAUCUACGGCGGUGGCAGUCGGCGAGAGCAGAUACAGACCGUCAACCUUGGCGUGGAAAUCGUCAUCGCGACGCCCGGCCGCCUGAACGACCUCGUCAUGAACAGGAUAAUCGACCUUAACUUUGUCACUUUCUUGGUCCUGGAUGAAGCAGAUCGCAUGCUGGACAUGGGCUUUGAGAUACAGAUCCGGAAGGUGAUGCUGGACAUAAGGCCUGACCGGCAGACAGUCAUGACAAGUGCCACUUGGCCAGACUGUGUGCGUCGCCUUUCCCAGCAGUACAUGACAAACCCAUUCCAGGUGUUCAUCGGCUCCUUGGACCUCGCCGCAGUGCACACAGUGACGCAGAAGGUCAUCCUGUGCGAGGAAGAGGAGAAGAGGGAGCAGCUUCUGGCCUUCUUCGACUCCAUGCAGCCCGAAGACAAAGUGAUCGUCUUUGUCGACAGGAAGGCCACUGUGGACCACCUGGCAAGCGACUUUGUCCUGGCUGGCAUCAACUGCGAUUCCAUCCACGGAUCGAGAGAGCAGUGCGACCGUGAGCAAGCACUCGACGAUCUACGGGAUGGCAAGGUGCGCAUCUUGAUUGCCACUGACGUUGCCGCACGAGGGUUGGACAUCAAAGAUGUGACACACAUCUUCAACUACGACUUCCCUCGCAACGUGGAAGAGUAUGUCCAUCGCGUGGGUCGCACGGGUCGAGCUGGGCGUACAGGCACAGCUAUCACGCUUAUAACUCGUGGCAACUGGAGGCAGGCUCGCGAGCUUAUCAGCAUCUUGGAGGAAGCCAGCCAAGAUGUCCCCACUGAGCUCUAUUCAAUGGCUGAGCGCUUUGAUGCUUGGAAGGAACGCCGUGCCGAGGAAGAGCGUAGCUUUGGCAUGGACCGCGGUGGCCGAGGCGGGGGUUCCCGGAGAGGAGGAGGCGGCGGCGGUGGCAGUUGGGGUGGUGGCCAUCGCAAUCGUUGGUGAGGAGACCGUAGCUGUGAUAUGCUGUCGUCAAGGUUAUCUGAAUCACCAGUGUUUAAAUGUUCAUCAGCAUCAUGUGGCAGUGUCUUCGCACUACCAUGCAAAGACUUUAUCAUUUGCUAUGUUGUUUUUUGGGAAAAGUUCUUUUAUGACUUGUUGGCAAGUGAAUAAACCGUUGAUAACCCUG